AUGUGUGAGCUAGAUUUAAACCAGGCCAUUUCACCAAGCAGCAAGAAGUCACAGCAGUCGGAAGAGUUACCGAGAACAGCUAGGUCCAAGAUUCGAAUCCCAGAUCAGACCGAGACGGAUUGUGAGGUUAAGCCGCCGCCACAACCUCCACGUCACCUGCCCGCCACAACGCCUUCCCGUGUCACACCUGUUGUCCCUCUCCCCUCACGUGUCUCUCCACACCUCACCUGCCCUACACAAUUGCCCCCCUCCACACGUGUCACCGCCCAUACUGAUCUCCUCAGUUCUCUCCUUCCCACACCUCCCACGCCCACCGCCACACGAGCGUUCUCCAUAUCUCAUCCCACCAACACCUACUUCGCCUCGCCUACACCUGCGCUGCCCACACCUGUCCCCCGUGUCCUCUAG